GAGCCAGAAGCGCCAGUCGCUCCCGACUGUGCCCGGACGGACCAACGGGCUUAGGGGCCUCUGGAGGGACGAUUUCGCUCCGCUGUCGUGGAGAGCCGCUUUGAACGCCCCGGAGCUGCGGGUCUCGGCCAGGACUUUCUGAAAUGGGCCUUGCUGCUGCUCUUCGGGAAUAAUCCAAGCUGGCGAAGAUGGGGCCACACCGCUUGACGUCCUGUCCCCAGGACACAGUGACCUUCCCCGAUGUGGCCGUGAGUUUCUCCCCAGAAGAGUGGCCGUGCCUAGAUGCCUCUCAGAAGAAGCUCUACAGAGACGUGAUGCUAGAGACCCACCAGCACCUUCGGGCAGUAGGGCAUUGCAAUGUGAAGCCUGCGCUGAUCUCCUGGCUGGAAGGAGGAACCCUGGAGACGAUGCAGAGAGGCAUGUUUGCAGCAGAACCAAAGCCAGAAAGCCAUCCUUGUCCCUUCUGCUCUCUUGCCUUCUCCAGCCAGAACUUCCUCAGUCGUCACAUGAAACGAAGUCAUCCCUCUUGGAUCCUCCCAGGAGCAUCUGCAAAAAAGUACCCCCAAUCAGAGAAUUUCUGUUUACCCAAUCAAAACCAGCGGCAGCAACAUUCUGAUCCAUAUAAUGACAAAUUUGAAAAGCCAACAUACUACAAACUUGAAAGUCAAAAGCACAAAGAAAGCCCCAUAUCUUUGAAUAAGAAGAUAAGUCAUAAAAGAAUUUCAAGAGCCUUUUCUAGCCUAACUAGCAGUCAGAUAGCAGUCAGAUCUAGGUCUAAUAAGCAUGAGAUGACAAUGGAAGAAGAAACUAACACACAACAGAAAGAAAAUCCAAAGGACACAGGCAGAGUAGUUGCAGGUAUAGGAAUGCCAAGAAUUUUAAGAGACAAGUAUGUAAGGCCUGGGCAAAGAUUCAGUGAUGGAUCAAAUCUUAUCACACACAAAGGGGAAAAGCUCUAUGAAUGCAAUGAGUGUGGCCGAAGUUUCAGUUACAAUUCACAUCUCAUUGCACAUCAGAGGACACACACAGGAGAGAAGCCCUUUGUUUGUGGGGAGUGUGGACAAGGUUUCAGUCAGAGGUCAGGUCUCAUCUCACACCAGAGGACACACACGGGGGAGAAGCCCUAUGUUUGCGGGAAGUGUGGGCGUGGCUUCAGUCAGAGUUCAAGUCUCAGAGGACACCAAAGGACACACAAAGAGGAUAAGUCUUAUGUUUGCAGGGAGAGUGGGCCUGCCAUCAAUCACUAUUCACAUCUCAUUGUACACCAGGGGACAAAAAUGGGAGAGAAGCCCCAUGUUUGUACAGAGUGUGGGCGAGGCUUCAGACUGAGGUCACAUCUCAUCACACACCAGAGGACACAUACUGGAGAGAAGCCCUAUCUUUGCAGGGAGUGUGGGCGAGGCUUUAGUCAGAGGUCACAUCUCAUCACACACCACAGGACACACACUGGGGAGAAGCCCUAUAUUUGCACGGAGUGUGGGCGAGGCUUCAGUCUGAGGUCAAAUCUCAUCACACACGAGAGUACCCACAGAGGGGAAAAGCCCCAUGUUUGCAGAGAGUGUGGACGAGGCUUCAGUCGGAGGUCAGGUCUCAUCACGCACCACUGGACACACACGGGGGAGAAGCCCUACAUUUGCAAGGAAUGUGGGCGCAACUUUAGAUUGAGGUCAAGUCUCAUUACGCACCAAAGGACACACACAGGGGAAAAGCCAUAUGUUUGCAGGGUGUGUGGACGAGGCUUCAUUUGGAGGCUAAGCCUCAUCACACACCAGAAGACACACAAGGGAGAUGCUCUUUGUUUGAAAUUAAGUUGAUUGGGGCUGAAGAAAUAGCAUGGAGGUAGGUCAUUUGCCUUGC